GCUUUAAAGCAACUAUUGCUUUGAGUGAGGCGUCAGAUGCUGGGAAGACUUCUUGUGUGUUUGUGUGUUUAGUGGAGAGUAGACAUGAUAGUCCUGAAAGUGUUUCUGUUCCUGCAGGGCCUGUUGCUGGGAGCGCGGUGUGCUGUUUGGCCCAGAGAGCAAGAGCUGAAAGAUGGAGAGGAUAAACAAUUAAAGCACAUCCCACACCAACACCAAAGUGGUUGGGAUCAUGGAGAUCCAAAUGAAUAUUUUGGAACUGGUCAUGACCGUGCUGGAGCAAGUCCUGAUGUCUCUGAAACGAUCCAUCACCCACAUGAGCAUGGACACGUUAAUCCAAGUCAUGAGUCUACAUCUGGGGAUGUAUCUGUUGAUGCAGAAGGUGGUUCAGCAGAUAGCAGUAACCAUCCAAUACGCAUGGGAAACUGGUGCGCAUUUGUGCAAAAGCGUGUAAUCACUUCAGCAGUGUCCUGCGGCAGUGAGAAAUAUGUUAUCAAGUCCCAGAGUCCCUGUCCUAAUGGGACACCGGACUGCUAUCUGGUCAUGUACAAGCUGUCUACUCGGCCAGUGUACAAAGAGAGGCAGAAGAUUUACACGGCGCUCUUGUGGAGAUGUUGCCCUGGUUACGGUGGAGAUAGAUGCGAGGAUAUUGUGGAAAACGGCCAUGUCUCAGAGUCAGAAUUCUCCAGCGCUGACAACAGGCUUUAUCCAGGAGGUCCACAGCUCAACGAUACAGGAAACCAGAGGAUAACCCACAACACAAACAAGGAGAAGAGCAACCAUCAAGAGACCAAACGCUCGCUAAACGAGUCCCUGAAGUCCGAGGAGAACCAAACGGAUGAACACCUCAGACAGGACGCCCCUCCAAGCUCACACACUAACUAUGAGCCUUACUAUGAGAAAGGUGUGCCCUACAGUGUGGAUAACGGACAUAGAGGUCCUCCACCAGAGAGGCACGACACAAAUCCCGGGCUUGUACCUAUCCAUUAUUUAAAGGACGUCAUGAUGUCUCAUCUACAGCCAAUAUUUGACAGCUUCAACAUGACACUAGCACGUCUGUCUGAAGAGGUGCAGGGUUUACAGAAGGACAUGAUGGAGCUGCAAAUUGAACAAAUGUUACAGAAAGAGUCCAAAGCAGCAGAAGGUGGAUUAGGUGAGGUGUCGAAGCAGCAUGAGAUGUCGACGGAGACAUUGCAGCAGGUGGAAGAAUUUAAUAUGCAACUCGUCCUUCAGCGUGAUGAGAUUGAAGAGAAGCUACAUGCACAGCAGGCCAUGCUGCACUACAACAUUACCAAUCUGAAGACUGGAAUGGAUGUCCAGGUCAAACGCAACCAGAAGAUGCUACAGAUGGGUCUUCAUUCUCUGAAUUCCUCACUAUCAGAGAUGAGAGAGAAACAAGAGCAGCUGGAGGAGGAGCUCCAGAGGGUUUUGGGCUUUGCAAGCCAAAUGGCAAGUCCUGGCAGACAGCCUCAGGAGGCCACAGCAGUCUGGGAAUCCAUUACCCGUCUGGACAAUAAAGUGGUCAAUAAUACUGUGCAGCUCAGCAUCUUAAACGAAGGCAAAGUCCAAGUAACUCAGACGAUAGAACAGUUGCAAAAGGGCUGGAAGAGCUUAGAAGAACGUGUAACCCAGAAUCACCGCAAGAAUGAGGACAGAUACAUCGAGGCUUUCCUUGAAGUGGAUGCAGCAAAGCAGGCAGUAGAAAAGCAAAAUGAUGAUCUGUCAAAAAAUGUCACCCUUCUCCAAAGCACAGUCCAGGAACUGGAAGUAGACAUGGACUAUUUGUACACACAAUUCUAUAAGAACUUGAGCCUCGGCAGUAGAGACUGUGACUGUACCGGCCUCAGCAUAUCUGUGGCGCAUUUGAAACGGGCAGUAGCUAAUAUAUCAGUGAUUGCGCAUGAAAACAGGGUAGCUCUGGACAGCGCAGCAGAAGAGAAGGUAAACAUUUGGGAAAAUGGUGGCUGGGGCGAACCAGUGGAAGAGAUCAAAUUGGGCUUGCGUACUGUGCAGAACUUGCUGGCGACUGAGCAAGAGAAGCGCAGGGCACUGCAACAAACCUUAACCAAACUACAGACCGAAGUUGCAGGCAGUCAAACAAAAAUCGAAAGCCUACAGGAGAAGGACAGUCAGAAAUCUGCUGAGAUAAAACAGUUGUUCAACGCUUUCCACUCUCUGUUGGAAGAUGCCUUACGUCAUUCCAGUGUGCUGGAGAUCCUGCUCAGUGAGGAGGUUCUGGAGUUUAUUGAACGGUCCCCACAAGUCCAGAAGGCCUACUCCAUCCCAAUGCUGAAAUCAAUGAUCAGUGACCUGCAGGAACAAAUUAACAAACACAGCCAAAGUCUGGCCUCCAUGCUUAACUCUGAAGAUCCCACCGCAGGUGACGCAUCAGAGCUGGCAUACUGGAUCGCAGAGGAUCUCAAAAGCAGACAAACGGAACAGAAAACUAAGGAUUUCUCAGAGAACCCUACAGGAUACAAAGACUUCUUAGCACCGGAAAAAGCAGAGGAACAGCUUCAAGCUGAUGUCGUCAAGCUCAGGGAACAGCAAUGCCUGUCCUGCUGCGACUGUACCAAAGGUGUAGAGGAAAAACUUCAAGCUGAGGUGACCAGCAUGCGCAAGAGCCUUGACAAUCAUCUCGGGAUAUUCAGCAGCAUUUUUAGUAAUACUGACGGUCUAACCGAGUCUGAAGCAACAGUAGAUUUGGAACAGUUGUUUGCGUUAAUGAAGAAAAAAGAAGAAAAAGUACGAAGAAAGAAGCAAAAGAAGAGACGAGAUACAAGAAGUGCACAGCAUAGCAAGCGGGACACCUCGCUCCAAACAGCAGUGCACAAUAAUCUCCUGGAGAAGCCGCUCAUGUUUGCAGCCAGCACCACAGACGCUGUUAACACACCUGGUACUGUCGUGUUUGAAACCACGUCACUAAACCACGGGCAAAUGUACUCACCUGAAACGGGCACCUUCCGUGCGCCCACCGCAGGGGUUUACCUGUUCGUGUUGACGCUGGACUUCGGGCCUGGGCCAUCUUUAGCGCAGUUAAAGAGAGGAAAGGAAGUGGUAGCGUCAGUGCAUCAGAGCAUGAGCAAGCAAUCAGGACCUGCUACACGCACCUGCCUGCUACAGCUCCAGCGGGGUGAAGAGAUUCACCUAGAACUACUGCAGGGAACACUGGAGCACGGGAAUCCACAGGAGAACACCUUCGCUGGACUGCUGGUCCUACACACCACAUGAGCACACCUUCAUAGCUUAAAAGAGUAAAAAGACACAACUGCAUUGGGACGAACAAAUGAACAAACUUCUGUUUCUUGAUUAUUUUCAGUACAGCACUUUUCCAUUCCUCUUGAUCACUGAUUAAUCACAAGUAGCAUCCUGGGCAGAUUGUGUCAGACUUAAAACUAAGCAAAUCUAAACUGAGACUUAGACUGUGUGUGUUUAGAGACUUAUCGUACAUAUGAUGGCUACUAUAUUGCUACAGUUAUGCUGUGAAAAUACUUACCGUUUAUCUGUAUAUUUCGGCUGCACCUUAAAACACAGAUUACCAAAGUCAAGUCAUGGUUAUUGCAUGCCGCUCACGCUCAAAUCACCCACAAACACUCUGAUUCAUAUAGUAAAUAUUUACUUAAAACGAAUACAUUGGACAAGCAUCAUGUAGGGUAUUUGCAUUUUCUUGGCAAACUCAUAAGGCACCCAUUCAACCAGAAGUUACUUUAAAAAAGGUGUGUAAUAAUUCUAUACCAACUCAUAACUUUUAUUAGCAGAGGGCAGGGCAGGGCAGGGCAGGGCAAUGCAACAUUUAAAUAUCUACAUCAUGUUAGAGGUGCUAGUUCAUUAUGUUAACGUGUGUCAUUUUCAAUGGAAAACAGGAGUAAACAGACGGGUCAGGAAUCACAGCUCUAAUUCCUCGAGCAAGUGAAAAGGUUAGCGAAUGUAAAUGAACAACAGACAAGCCGUUCCAAAUUAAAAUAACAACAAUUAAAUAAAAACAACUUUCUGCUUUUCCAAAAUAUUCUCUUCUAGCCAAAGAGUGCACACAUUGCUUACGCAGCAACUGUUUUCUGUAUAUUUUAUUGUAUUGUAUAUUGAUGUGGUUUUUGCCUUUUAUCCCAAUCGUAUUUUUUACAUAUUUAUAUUUUUAAAGCAAAAUUUUUCCAUGAACUUUAUCAUUUAUUUUUUCUGUAAUUGUACCUUUGUAAAACAUUGUGAACAGUUGGCAAACUUGGAUAAGGCAUAAUAUUAUUCUGGCACUAAAAAUAAGGACUGUUGGAUUACACUUCCAGUACAUAUAACCCCAUGUCAUGGUUUUUCACUACUUGUUUCAGUGGCACGGGAAAACCAAUAAAGGUAAAGUAAGGCU